AUGUCGCCUGGGUUUUUGAAGCACGCCAAGAGAUCAGAUAGUAGACCUGCUGAGAGCUUCUUUGGGUAUCUCACUGGUUUCCUCGGUUACUUUACAUCUGCUGUAGAGAUACCUGUACAGAAGCUUGGUGAAAGCAUGGUGUUAGCUGGAUUAAAGCAGCUUAAAGAGAAAUCUAACAAGACCAUAUUCGUAUCCAACAAAGAAGCCCUGAACCUCAAUUGA